GUUUCAAAUGGUUGAUCAUUUAAAAUAUUCAUAACUUCAAGAAAAUGAAUACUGGAUAAACCAAGACAAUGAAUAAUUUCACGUUAUUGAGGAGUAGGAAACUUCUGUUGGCGUUGCUAGUGCUGGAUUGGUUGUUUGCCGGGAGUACAGAUGCCACAACCCACGAGCCGGGCUUUACCGGGCCCAUCACGAACGUCACGGCGCCGCUGGGCCGUGAGGCGAUACUCGCAUGCUCCGUGCACAACCUAUCCACUUAUAAGGUGGCAUGGCUCCGAGUAGACACGCAGACCAUCCUGACGAUCCACAUCCACGUGAUAUCGCGCUCGCGCCGCGUGGGGGUGACGCACAGCGACCACCGCACCUGGUUCCUGCACAUCCGCGAGCUGCGGGAGACCGACCGCGGCUGGUACAUGUGCCAGAUCAACACCGAUCCUAUGAAAAGCCAGCUUGGCUAUUUGGACGUCGUGGUUCCGCCGGACAUUUUGGAUCGUGGAACGAGCCGCGACCAAACGGUUCGGGAAGGGGCCUCCGUCAGUCUGACUUGUGCCGCCACAGGCUCGCCGCAGCCGCAGAUUGUGUGGAGGCGCGAACAUUCGAAGCCUAUCGUCCUUUCUGAAGGAAUACAAGUGUCUUCCCUGGAGGGGCCAGUGUUGAACAUAAGCCGAGUGAGCCGCCAACAUGCUGGGGCCUACCUGUGUAUAGCGUCAAACGGCGUUCCACCCACGCUCAGCAAGAGGAUUAUGCUCACCGUAGAGUUUCCGCCAGUGAUAACGAUAAGAAACCAGCUGGUUGGCGCGGCGGUGGGCUCGGACCUGGUGCUGGAGUGUGACACAGAAGCUUACCCCAAGCCGGUUAGCUACUGGAGCCGAGAAAACGGGGAAAUUGUCCCCGUUGGUGGAGGCCUAGAGCCCCAGAAGUUCGAUGGGGCGUUCCGGUCAAUAAUUCGGCUGCCGAUCAAACGCGUGACGAGCGCUGACUACGGCGCCUACAAGUGCGUCUCCAAGAACGCCUUGGGCGACACCGAGGGCACCAUCAAGCUAUAUCCUAUGCCACAACCUUCACUGGACAACAAAAAUGCUGUCCAAAGGCUGAACAUAGUUGCUGAUAAGGCGUCAGAAAAAACGCCUUUCGGUACACAAGAUUUCAGACUACAAGACUACAACAGAGCAAUCUCGUUGGAUGGGUGCUGUUUUGUUUCUUUGAUCUCAUUAGUAAUUUUAAUGAAGACAUUAACGUCUCGGGGGUGAUAUCGAGAAAGGUGUAUAUAAAUAGCUGGAUAUCCACCCGACGAUCCCAAAUUGGGUCGGCUCUCCACGUCUCA